UGGCGGCGGCGCCAUUUUGAAUUGGCUGAGGGUCGGAGGCGAGGGCUGCUGAGCAGGGUUCCGCGUCCCCCGAGGGAGAACCCGCGAGGAAGGAGCGGAUAUGGCCGCGAAUAGGAAUUUGAAGCAAGUGCGGAUCGAAAACAGUUCCCCAGCGGUGCCGUUGGGCAUGGUGGGGGGCGGCGGCGGCAAUCUGAAAGGAUUGCGCGGCCUAGAAGCGGAGAGUGAGGCGGCGGCGGCCAUGGCUCUGGUGCCGAGCAAAGAAGGCGGCGGAGAUGAGGAGCAGGAGGUUGGGUUCACCAUCGAUAUCAAGAGCUUUCUCAAACCUGGCGAGAAGAGCUACACGCAGCGUUGCCGGCUGUUCGUGGGGAAUCUGCCUACUGAUAUCACCGAGGAGGAUUUCAAGCGCCUUUUCGAGCGCUACGGGGAGCCCAGCGAGGUCUUCAUCAAUCGGGACCGUGGCUUCGGCUUCAUCCGCCUGGAAUCUAGGACCUUGGCUGAAAUAGCAAAGGCAGAACUUGAUGGUACUAUUUUGAAGAGCAGACCACUUCGAAUUCGAUUUGCUACCCAUGGAGCUGCCUUAACCGUGAAGAAUCUGUCGCCCGUGGUUUCCAAUGAGCUGCUGGAACAAGCAUUCUCGCAAUUCGGGCCCGUGGAAAGAGCGGUUGUUGUAGUAGAUGAUCGUGGCAGAGCUACAGGGAAAGGUUUUGUAGAGUUUGCUGCAAAACCUCCAGCACGGAAAGCUCUAGAAAGAUGCAGUGAUGGGGCAUUCUUGCUUACAACAACACCUCGACCUGUUGUUGUAGAACCAAUGGAGCAAUUUGAUGAUGAGGAUGGACUCCCUGAGAAGCUAAUGCAAAAAACACAACAGUACCACAAGGAAAGAGAACAGCCUCCACGCUUUGCUCAGCCUGGAACAUUUGAGUUUGAGUAUGCUUCACGGUGGAAGGCUCUUGAUGAGAUGGAAAAGCAGCAGCGUGAACAGGUUGACAGGAACAUUAGAGAAGCCAAAGAGAAACUUGAGGCAGAAAUGGAAGCAGCUAGACAUGAGCAUCAGCUAAUGCUGAUGAGGCAAGAUCUCAUGCGUCGUCAGGAAGAAUUGAGGCGCUUGGAAGAACUUCGAAACCAAGAACUUCAAAAACGCAAGCAGAUACAACUGAGACAUGAAGAAGAGCACAGACGUCGGGAAGAAGAGAUGCUGCGCCAGAGGGAACAGGAGGAAUUACGACGACAGCAGGAGGGGGGAUUUAAGCCAAAUUUUAUGGACAAUAGAGAACAGGAAAUGAGAAUGGGUGAUAUGGGUCCUCGUGGAGCAAUAAACAUGGGAGAUGCGUUUAGCCCAGCACCUGCUGGUAACCAAGGCCCUCCUCCAAUGAUGGGUAUGAAUAUGAACAACAGAGGAACUUUACCUGGCCCUGCAAUGGGUCCUGGUCCUUCCAUGGGACCAGAAGGAGCUGCAAAUAUGGGAACACCAAUGAUGCCAGAUAAUGGAACAGUGCAUAAUGAGAGAUUCCCUCAAGGAGGCCCAUCCCAGAUGGGUUCACCUCUGGUUAGUAGAACGGGCUCUGAGACUCCUCAGCCGCCAAUGAGUGGUGUAGGUGCCGUGAGUGGUGGACCUGGUGGCUUUGGUAGAGGAAACCCAGGGGGCAACUUUGAAGGACCUAACAAGCGUCGCAGAUACUAAACCUUAAUUCAUUCCUUACUGUUUUAGAAAUUCCAGUAAAAUUAUACAGUGAUAUGCCUUUAUAAUUUUAGCUGUUAUCUGGAAACGGUUCUAUUGUUAUUGUAGUCUUUAAAACAGUUUCUUUUGUAAAACUUUUUUUGUAUUCAGUCAUAGGCUUUGUAGGAUAGAGCAGAAACGAUGCGGAUCAUUAUGUAAGGCAAUGUGUUUGUGACUAGCAAAAUGCAAUGUGUGACUAUGCUGUAAAACGUGCAGUUAUCUGAUUACAAUAAAACAAAAAUCACUGGAAAGGAUUUUGGGAAUCUUAUUACUAAUACUGAGUAAGAAUAAUUUUAUGCUUAAUUAUAAGUGGCAUCAUUUUCAUUUUUACGUAGUUUCUACUAUGUGUCAAGAAAGUUCCAUUCUUAAUAGUGUUUAGCUGAACUGCAUGGUGCAGUACAUAUUAUGGAAAACUUAAAACACAGCUGCUUUUGUUUUGACUUUCAAAGAGCAUAAGAUUUUAUACAAAGUGUUCUCAAAGAUGGUGUGUCCUUGCAUCUCAAUCCACCAUUGCAAACUUAGUCACAGUAGGCUUAUCAACAGAGGUUAUCUGUCAGAUAAAUUAUUAGAAAAUUUAACUUGGGAGGGAAAAAACCAAAAAAGGAAUUCAAAAAAAGGAAUCUUUAUGUGUGCUUUAUUCAUAACAGUAUGAGUGAAUUUACCUAAACCAUAUUUAUAGAGGAGAAAAUUGGUUGUGACAUCUGUGUGUUCUGCUGAUGGUUAAAGUAUUUCCCAUUGCUAGCAAGGAGACAUUUCUGCACGCUGGUCAAAAGCUUUCUUCUGUGUUUGCACAUCAUUAUUAAUAAUUAUACAUUUUCCCUAGUGGUUGGUUUUAAUAAAAACAUGUCUGUUGUCAAUGAGUAGCUGUUAUUUUAGGAAGCAAAUACAUGUUUUCCAGCGAAAAUAAAUGUUCAGUUAUAGUUGAGUAAUAUGCAUUUGGAAGGAUUACACAAGUAUUCUUCAGAAAGGUUUUACAGAACAAGGAAUUUGGAAAAUUCCAUUUAGAGCACAACUCAGGGUAGAUUUGCUGAUUGAGUUUUAAGAUAAAACUGGUAGUAAAGCUAUUAGGAAGCUUAUUAUGAUUUUGUUUUUUCAGUCUCGGAAGAUGAUGGAAAAGACCUAUUGGUUCUAUUCCUGUGAUGGCAAAUAAGUAGGGAUAUUGAUUGGUUACUAUUACUCUUUUUCCUGUGCAAAAUAGUUGUAAAAUAGUAGUGAUCUUUUUUAUCAGUUCAUGUGCAUUUUCAGAGGUAGACAAAACUAAAUUUUAUCUGCAUAAAUUGUGAUGCUCUUUUGGUUAAAAACUGAUUUGAAAUAACCUGGUGCCCUAUUAACAUCCAGAUGGUAUGAACAUAGCUCAGCAUGGGAUACAAGCAGCUGAGAGGGCUUGUGUGUUACUUGUUAAUGUGGCAGUGAUUGGCUUGGUGGAUUAAAUUUUGAGCAAAUGGUUAACAAGAAAAUUGCCAUAUUGCUGGCAUUUUGGAAAUACACUGUUACUUAAAGUGCCCGUGUAUAUGGCUUAAGAUACUGUUUUCAUGCAAUUCAGGAGUUACCUCUGUUAAACUAAGUAUGUAGGUCCUCACUUGGGACAUCUGCAUCUGCUAAGCAUUUUCCUUUAUAUUGUCUUUAAUGUUGCCAUUUUUUGCUUGACUUAACAUAUGCCACACUUUGUAAUACAGUACUGAGUUACCUUUAGUCUGGAAUACUCUUUCCCCUUGGUAUAUGUGUCACAUUAUAGCAUUCAUUCUUAAAGUAAGCCUCAACCAAACUGCAAAUGGUUUUCCUUUACACACUGGUCCUAAACCUCAAGAUUUGGGAAAAUUGUUUUUUCACUGCUAUAAACUAGUGCUUGCAUAUGGCAACUAGUUAAACUCUCUGCUCUAGUGUUCUUUACGCAGUUGAAAAUACACUUUACAUUGGUAUCUAGUAAGGCAUCUAAAUAUGAGGUUACUUUUUUCCUAAUAUUUUCUGCCCUUGUACGUGACUUUUUUUAGGGGAUUGAGGAAGUAUUGGUGAAUUGGUAGGUCUCAACUGUAAAGCUGUGAACUUGUGAACAGUGAACAUGUUUUAAGUACAAAUUAAACUGAAUUCAAAAGGUUAGUUCAUUUUCUUCAAAGGAAAAGGCUGUGUUGUUCAGAGGUUUUAGCUAGCUCCUGUAUAUUUGUUUAGCUAUGUAAACCCUCCUCCUUAUAAUAUCUGAAUAUAUUUCAGAAGAACAUUAAAUACACUUCAGAAUGAAUCUUCAGAAGUUGUUAAUACUUUCUGUGCCAGCUUUAUGCUAUUUUAAGUGCAUGUUCGUUGCACUGUGGUUUUGGUAGCAAGUGGAGAUACGCGUGUAUUUGAAAAUUAUUUUAGAUUUUAUUUAACAUUAGUGAUUGUUGUUCCACAGUUGUGACCUGCCCUUCCUGUAAAUCUCUGACUUGGAUGGCUCUGCUGCAUGGUAGCAGUGUAUUUGUCAGCUGUCCUUACUGCAGAAAAUAAUCUAUUUUUAAAUGUCUGUGAACCAAGUCCUAACAAAUAAAUACUGAAAUGUAUUUUUGGGCAGAUUGUAAGGAGUUAAUGAAGAAUGCCUUUUGUAGCUGAUGACAUGCUGCUAUUUUCAUCUCUUAAAAGUUUUCUUUGGGAUGCUUGGCUUAACUCUAAAGGCAGUGCUUCUCAUUUUGCCAAAUGUGGUAGUAACUGAUCCUAGCUAUAUAAUAAACACCUAAUUUUAUUGAAAAAGGAAUGGUCACAAAUUGUUUCUUAAAAAAGUGUAGAUGUGGCCAACCAGUGUUUUUGCGUGAAGGUUCUGCCCUUCUGCUAAAGUGAUUAAUUUUUCUUGAUCCUCGUUUGGUGGAGCAGUUUAUCAUUUUUUCUGUGUACAGUGGUACUCAACUACAUUUGCACUGUUUGAAGUCCUGACACUCUGCUAUAUGCUAUGCUAAAACAAGUAGGCUUGGAAUAUACGUGAAUCUGCCAACUACAGUGCACUUACUUUUACAAUGUACUUACUGAGCUUUUACAUUAUUCCUGAAGUUUCAUAUUCCUAAACUACCUAAUUUUCCAGAGAGAUACCAUUUUGGUACUUAAAGCUUUACUAUUCCAUUAAAGUUAUACAUUGUUCUGACCAAUGUGCUCAUUAGAUAAAGCACAUUGAUGUCUUGGGAAACUUUGUGGCGAUCCUAAUAUACUUUACUGUAUUAAUUUCCUAAGAAAAUCACUAACUACUGUGGAUUACCUAGAAAGAAAAUUCCUGAUGUGCAGUUGUUUCAUAUGUUGUCCACAUUUUUUUAAUGCAGUUGUACAUAAAUAUAUAAACAGGAGAUUCUUACUAGCAUAAAAUUUAAAAUAGAUGGCAAGAAGACAGUAUGAACCAAAUAAUUAAUUUAAUUUUAAGCAUAAGCUAGUAGGAUUUUAUCGUAUGCAUUUAUUGAGGAUCAUUCUGAUAUAAAGUAUGCCGCCAUAUUCACCAAAUUCAUUUCCCUCUUUUCCACUCUUGAUUUCAGAUACAGAAUAAUUUGUAAUUACAAAUACUUUGAAAGGUACUACAAACACAAUGACGUUGAUGAACUGUGUCUUGCUAAACAAGUUGCAAUCUCCCUUAAGAUAACUUGGCUUAAAAAUGCUGAAAUAACCAAUCUAAAGGCAGAUUCUCAAAUGAAAACCAAAACCCUGUAGGCCUUUUGAAGGGAGAAAAUAUGCUUGGAGGUGAGAUGUUCAGCAAUUAACUGGUGUGCACUGGUGGCAUGAAGUUCAUUUUAUUUAAGUAUGUUGCAGAAACAAAUUUUUUUGUGUACUUCCUAAUUUAUCUAUUUUGUAUAAGAAGUUGAUUUUAUUGUCAUGGUUUUUCCCUUCCUAAGUCAAACUAAAGCGUAUUGGAACUACUAAAUUAGCACAGAAUGCAGGGUAGCAACUAAAAUCAGUUUAUGUUGGACCACAGAUGUGAAGGGGUUCUAAAUCCCAUUCCUGAGACUUGAAGUGUUGCAUAUCCAGUAGUUUUAGAGUCUGCAUGCAGCAUCUUUUAUUAGCUUGUGCUUGUGGCCAGGAGUGGGGGACUUCAGAGAGCGCACACUUCCAAUGCAAUCUAAUUGUCUUCUCAGGAGCGCUCAAAGGAUUAAUACGGGCACUGUGCUGUUAUUAAGAUGCUCAUCUUGGAGUUUGGUGCUUUCCAUGGGCUGUUAACUCACUCCUAGCAUGAGGGAAUAUUUGUCCAAACUUUCCCGACUAAUCAGUGGUAAGGAGGGAGUGAGUGUGUCCUAUGAGAAAUGCAGAGGUUGGACAUUACUACUUUAGAUUAUUGGCUAUUCAGUGCUAAUUUGGUGGGAAAUGUUGAACUGUAGUAACCUGAAAGCAUUUACUUUAUUAAAAAUUAGCUUACUGAAAUGUAAGAACUUAGUAACAAUAAAAGGAUUGACUAAAAACUUGGAAUACCUAAUGUCAGGUAUAAUUUUUUCCAUUUGAUUGUUUUUAUGUUACCUUUUAUUACCUUUCCAGAUAUACUGUAAAGUAGUUUUAGCAAUCUCACCAGUUUAAUGUGUUUUGUUGAUGGUUUCAGGUGCUUUCCCAUAAAGUAUUUUAAAAAUCGUAGCUGUAGGCAUUUCAGGUGUGUUUUCACAGUAAUCCAUGAAAUACUGGAGCUAGUUAUAAAAUUGUCUAAAAUGUUACUUGUAGAAUAAAUAAAGUGAACAUGAAAUUUUCAUGAAAACAGUAUUUCUUAUGUUUUUAAAUGCAUGGAAACAAACCCUCAAUGUGUUCAUUUUCAGUGGGAUAGAUUUUUAAUAGGUCUUUUCCAUCUUGAACUUCCUUAAGAUACUCUGAAAGUUUAUAUAACUGAAAUUUGGAGGCAUCCUUAUUAAUGACCUCAGCUUGACUCUUAAAAGUAGUGCGAGAAGUUUCUUCUGUUUGGAACAGCAGCCCUUUUUUUCCUAAUUGAAGGAGCUAUUCGGAAAAUCAUUCAGAGAUAAGCACAGCAUGCUUACAGGUAAAACUAUUUAAAAAACCCUCUGCUCUAAUGUAAAUAUUAUUGUAUACACAAAUCACACUGAAAGAAAAAAAGCAACUUUGUAAAUGUGGGUAAAAACUCAAGUGAUUUGUAUGUGGUCCCUUGAGUGGAGAAUACAAUGCUCAUAAUAAGAAGUAUGAGAUUCAAAAGGAACUGGACUGUGUUACUAUACGCAUGUGGAUAAGAUUUUUCCAUUUGGUUGGGUAAAUGAUUUGUCUAGAACUUCCAUUGUUCCUCGAUUUACUAGUGUGCUUUUAUGUCUCAAUUUCUGUAGAGUAAAGCAUAGCUGUAUAAUUUGAUUGAAUUUACAUGCUAACUGUAUGCGGGACGUUAAGUGCUUGACUUGAAAGAAUUGCAGUGAGAAUAAAGAUACUGUUCUUGACUUUAAGUAAAAACUGCAUAGAUCCUUGAACAGGAAUAAGUGUGGAGGGUCCUGUAUGUAACUUGAACAAAAAAAAUGGGAGAGAGGGAAUAAAGUAACGUAAUAAAAGUGAGAAAA